AUGGACAAUAAAAUUAAGACAACAUCGACGGAAUUUGCACCAGACAAGCAGUCCCCAACACAUCAAUCUUUGGAGGAGGCCGAAUCUCAAAGUGAAGUAUCGGUCGACUAUGCCGGGGCGUCGAGGAAGACAGACCCCGCGGAGAUCGCCCUGGUGAGAAAGCUUGAUCUGUGCAUGAUGCCUUUUCUAUGGAUAUUGUGCUUUAUGAACAUCUUCAAUAGGCAGGCAAUCUCGGUGGCUCGCUUGGAUAGCCUCGAAGAGGACCUUGGAAUCAACGACACCCAGUUCAGCACUGCGGUCUCUGUCCAUUACGCCUCUUAUAUCCUAGGCCAGAUCCCUUCGAACCUGCUUCUUACACGGGUACGACCAACAUGGUACAUUUGCGGCGCCAUGGCUCUCACAAGCAUCACAACUAUGCUUAAUGUGUUUGUUGUGAACAACACCGGCCUCAUCCUGCAGCGUUUCUUCCUGGGCAUCAUAUCAGCUCCGUACUACCCAGGAGCGAUGUACAUGGUUAGCAUGUUCUACAAGCGAAAGGAGAUAGCCACCCGCAUCAGCAUCCUCUUCAGCGCCAACAUCCUCGCCACCGCCUUCCAGGGCCUCAUCGCGGCACCCAUCUACAGCGAGCUGGGCAGCGCCCGCGGGCUCUCGGGCUGGAGGUGGAUGUACCUGAUCAUGGGCGCGUGGAGCCUCUUCUUCAGCGUGGUCGGACUCUUCUUCUUCCCCAACAAGCCGGCGACGACGUGGUGGCUCACGCCGGAGCAGAAGACGCUGGCGGCCGGCCGGAUCGCGGCGGACACGGUGGGGAAGGAGGAGGAUGUCAACCUGCUCAAGGGCCUGCGGGAGUGCCUCCGCGACAGGCGGGUGUGGGCGUUCAUGGCGGCGCAGCACCUGCAGACGGCCACCAGCAGCUUCCGCAUCUUCCUGCCCACGCUCAUCGAGACGCUGGGCUUCUCGCGCACCGUCACGCUCGUUCUCACCUGUCCGCCUUAUAUCCUGGCGGGGAUCUCGUCCAUCCUUGGGGGCUUGUCGUCUGGCAGGUUUAACGAGCGGACGUGGCACAUCACCAUCAUCAAGCUGAUAUCCAUCUUGGGGUUUGUCCUGGCAUGUGCGACUUUAAACACGGGCGCGAGGUACUUCGCUGCCUUUGUGUUUGUGGCCGCGACGUACCCCGUGAGCCCGCUGAUCCUGUCGUGGACUGGCAUUACUUGCGGACAGACGAGUGAGAAGAGGGCCGCGUCGCUGGCGGCCGUCAACACCUUGUCGAGUGUUAGUCUGAUCUGGACACCGUAUCUCUGGCCAGACUCCGCGGCACCACGUUGGUACGUGAGAUGGGACCUUAUGAGAGAGAACAAGAAGAUACGGUGCGAUGAUAGUGGGGCCAAGAUAUUCUAUGCUUACUGA